AUGUUUAUAUCGAACGAAGAAAAAGUUUCUAAAUGAAAAACCAAUUUUUUUUUGUUGGUGCCAUUGAUGAAAUAAGAUGAAGAUAAUUUUAUUUUUAAUUCGAUUAAUAGUCGGUGCUAUUGGCAUCAAUACAUGGAUAUUUGGCUGUUGUAUGAUGUUCUAUGUUGUUUGGUCAUUGAAUACAAUCAAUAAUAUUCAAUCAUUUUCAUUUGGUAACGCGCUGAUAACAAAUAGUCAAUUAAUAUUUGGUCUAUUAUUAUCUACUGUGGGUUUAUUAAUUAUUUAUUCUAGUUGGAAGAAAAAUUGUCAUACAUUAAAAUUGUGCAUAUUUUUAACCGUAUUGAUCAUAUCAAUGGAAAUUGGUACAUUCAUUUCGGCAAAAGUUGCAAACAUUCAAAUUUCCAAUCUAGUUGAUCAAGGUUGGAAAGAGAUCAAUAUUCAAAGUAGAAAUUUUAUACAAAAAGAGUUAAAAUGUUGUGGAUUAACUGGUCUAAGUGAAUUUGCAAGUAAAUUGGAUCCAAUCGAUCAAAGUUGUUAUAGAGAACAAUCAUUAUCAACAUCAACAUCGUCGAUUGAAUAUGAUAAUCAUCCGAUCACGAUCUAUGAACCAUAUCGUAUUGGAUGUAAACAAAAAUUAAUUGAUUGGCUUAGAAAACAACGAAAAACAUUUAUCAUAUCGAUUUGUUCAUUGUUGGCUGUACAGAUUAUAUCCAUAAUUUUGAUGUUAAUUUUAUUGAAAUUAUUACAAAAUGAUCUAUUUAAACAACAACGACGACGAUUACAAUCCAACAACAUGAUUAUUAUUGGUGGCAGUUGUGUUGGUGAUGAUGAAUCACCAACAUCUUCAACAUCACCUUCAUCAUUAAUUUUUAACAAUGGUAAAAAUAAGCAAAUUUUACUUGAUGAUAUUUGAUGUUUUCAAAAAUUG